UAUAGGAAAUGAAAGUAAAGUGAGGUCUGGUGUGCUGUGUGAGUGAGAAUAUUCUAGAAACUGGAGUGUUAUGUCUACAGAUUGGCGGGCGUGGCUCUGGAAGACUCUCGGGGAGCAAUUUAAUGUUCCGGCUCUCAGUGACUGUGUGCUUCUUGUAGCGGGAAAAAAAGAAGAGAAGAAAGAAAAAGUGUAUGUGCACAAGCUCGUCCUAUCUCUACAUAGUCCUAUUCUUGGUAGGCAACUCUUCAGUGCCCAUGGAGCUAAACAGGAGUUGGACCUGAGCGAAACUGAACGUGAUAUAGACACCUUCACGGAGUUCAUGCAGUGUCUCUACGAUAACGGGGCCUCCAUUACCAACGAUAAUGUUGACACUAUGCUAGGGCUAUCCCGCAAGUACCAGGUACGGUGGCUUCAAAUGAGGUGUCUGAACCACAUAGCUAGACAUUUCUCAAACGAUGACGCACUUUACAUGGUUAUAUCUGAGGGCUACUGAAGAGUGAAAACCAGAAUCAUGAGAAAUAUGUGGAACUUAUUCUGUAUUCAGAUGAUUAUUGCGUAUUACUUUAAUUUCUCGUUAAUGUUUGAUCGCUGAUUUUGACAUUCCAUGAAGUCAGCAGUGGACAAAAUAAAAAUUCCAAUUUAAAGUUCGAACCAGAAUUUUGUACAAGUUUUGUUACUUUACAUA